AAAGCAGACAUGCUGCUGAUAUCCCUGCUCUGGAAUAUGAGACCCAACUGCAGACCAUGUGGCUUCUUUGUUUGUUCACGUCUAUUGUGCUAAGAGCACUUACCGGUGAGGCAAAAGUGGCUGAUAACUUUAGUGAGUGUAGUCAGUAUUUUUACAAAAGUACAGAACCAAGUGGAAUGGAUCAGAAUGCCAAGAAAAUCUGCCAGAUGUAUGGAUAUGGAGGUUUUUAUUAUGCUACACUUUACUCGGUUCAUCACAGGAUUCCCUUGUACAGUGCAUAUAUGCUCGACCAUAAAUGCACAACUAACCAAGGAGUGACAACCUUUCCAUGGCACAUAGAGCCACAGAUUUCUAACAUCAAUGAACCCAAGAUGGUCCGAGAGAGUGAGUCAGACAAAAAUAGCAUAAAGAGAAAUCAAGCCAUCAGCAGUGACUACGCUGAAACAGGAUAUGAUCGUGGACACCUGAACCCUAAAAGUUUUCAGUGCAGUGAAGGUCGUGAGGCAACAUUUACACUGACCAAUGUGGCACCUAUGGAUGCAUGUUUUAACCGUAUCUAUUGGAAGAAUUGUGAGAGUAAUUUGCGGAAAAUAUUAAUGGAUCAGCUUAAAAAGGAUAACUAUCUUGCAAAUGUCUAUCUUGUCACAGGGACUGUACUUGAUCAAAAUUUAAGAAUACCACAAAGUGAAAACUCUCAGGAGUCUCAGAGGGUCACGGUGCCCUCUCACAUCUGGACAGCUGUCUGUUAUAAACACAAUUUUGAUGAUAAGAAGUCUUUUUCCUUUGGCUAUAUAGGAAAAAACGAGCCAGAAACCAGCAUAAUCCCGAUGAGUAUUGUAGACUUAAAUUCUAAGUUGAAUAAACUCUAUUCAUUUAAGCCUGUGCGAAUUAAAAUUUUUGUUAACGACUGUUUCACUGGCAGUUUUAAAUCUAAAGAAACUGAGAAGAUGUUUCUAAAUAAACUAUCAGAAAAACAAAGACUCAAGGUGACCCCAGAGGUGAAGAACACAUAUCUUGCAGUCAAAAGACUCAUUGACAGUGGCAGCCUUCUCACAAAUCUCCAGGUGAUCUGGAUGAGCGCAAGACUUAAGAUUGGCAGUUUGCCCACUUAUUUCACUAUGGUAGAAGAACUGAAAAACAUGGAAAGUGCUUGUCUUAUCACUACUGCUAAAAAGAGUAUUUUUCCUGCUGAAGAGAGUGAUCUCAGAAAAAGAGAUGUAUUUGAGCAGUCUGAAUCUGUUGAAUGCCAGGUUGUCCCAGAGAAAUCUGUUGCUGGAUGGCAGACUGCAGCUGAUGGCUCACCCUGCCAGAGCGUCUCAGACUCUAGUCUCGGUUGUAAUUGUAUCACAGAAAAUAAAAAAAACAAGCCGUGCUGCUCUUCUCCAUGCCUGUACCAGCAAGAACAAAAGGGCUACUGGUGUUACUCAGGGCAGAGUCUGAUACAGUGCUCACCCCAGUACUCACUCAUCACAUUUAAGGGUGAAAGGUGCAAUGAUAAUCAUCCCUGUGCCACAUAUGGUUAUGACUACUACUGGUGUCAGAAAGCCUCUGGGUCUUGGGACUACUGCAGCCCUCCUUUGUGGCGAAGUAAGGCUAAAGAUGGGAAGUACUGCCGCAACAACCACGCCUGUGCCAAAUAUGGUAAAAGUGAUCCAUAUUGCUACACUGAUGACAACAAGAAAAAAGCUUGUUGUAUUUCUGAUGACUGUUUCUCUGCUGUGAAUGGCAAAACCUGCAAAUCUGAUAACCCAUGUGGUUACCAUGGCUAUAAAUACCUGUGGUGCUAUACUACUGAUGGCAACUGGGAUUACUGUUGCACAAAUUGCUAGUUGGUUUACAAUGUUUAAUACAUUUAGCACUAAUCUAAUAUUAAUUGUACAGAGUUUUAUUUCAAGUUUCAUUUUGACUGUAACUGUAACAGAUAUUAACCAAGAACCAUUAAUACUUACUUAUCCUUCUGAAAAUAAAAGCAGAUUAAAAGCUCAGUUUAAAUAAUUUCUUAUUGAAUCACACCUUAGCCAUGAUCAAAAGAGAACAACACCUCUAGACAAAAACUACAGAAUGAUAUGAUUUUCCUAAAGCACAAUAGAAAAAAAAUACAUCCAAGCUCACAACACAAAGCCCCAUAUUAACAACACAAAACUCCAUAUUAACAUACCAGCAGCAUGAUUGUGAUAACUGUCAAGAAGAUUCAAUUAAAAUCAACCUUCCAGUGUGGUCGCCACAUAAAUU